AUGCCGACAGGAUACAGCUGUACCAUGAACAACUCAGGAUACAGCUGUACCAGAGACUACUCAGGAUACAGCUGUACCAUGGACUACUCAGGAUACAGCUGUACCAUGGACUACUCAGGAUAUAGCUGUACCAUGGACUACUCAGGAUACAGCUGUACCAUGGACUACUCAGGACACAGCUGUACCAUGAACUACUCAGGAUACAGCUGUACCAUGGACUACUCAGGAUACAGCUGUACCAUGAACUACUCAGGAUACAGCUGUACCAUGGACUACUCAGGAUACAGUUGUACCAUGGACUACUCAGGAUACAGCUGUACCAUGGACUACUCAGGAUACAGCUGUACCAUGGACUACUCAGGACACAGCUGUACCGUGGACUACUCAGGAUACAGCUGUACCAGAGACUACUCAGGAUACAGCUGUACCAUGGACUACUCAGGAUACAACUGUACCAGAGACUACUCAGGAUAUAGCUGUACCAUGGACUACUCAGGAUACAGCUGUACCAUGGACUACUCAGGAUACAACUGUACCAGAGACUACUCAGGAUAUAGCUGUACCAUGGACUACUCAGGAUACAGCUGUACCAUGGACUACUCAGGACACAGCUGUACCGUGGACUACUCAGGAUACAACUGUACCAGAGACUACUCAGGAUACAGCUGUACCAUGAACUACUCAGGAUACAACUGUACCAUGGACUAUUCAGGAUACAGCUGUACCAUGGACUACUCAGGAUACAACUGUACUAUGGACUACUCAGGAUACAACUGUACCAUAGACUACUCAGGAUAUAGCUGUACCAUGGACUACUCAGGAUACAGCUGUACCAUGGACUACUCAGGAUACAGCUGUACCAUGGACUACUCAGGACACAGCUGUACCGUGGACUACUCAGGAUACAACUGUACCAGAGACUACUCAGGACACAGCUGUACCAUGGACCACACUGUAAUUGGCUUUUCCAAAGGUUUUCAACCCAUGUAA